CUACCACCCAUUCACUCUCUCUUGAUCAUCUACAGUCAUCAUCCCAAAUGGCUUGCCUCCACAGUCCUGCCUCCCUUAUACCUCGGAGCGACAAUGCUUCCUCCGUCCCAUCAAGCGUUUUUAGAGAGGCAGUAGAGAAGGACCCUGUUAUGUCUACCUUUCAAUGGAAGUCGCCACUGUUACAGGCCACUCCUUCUUCUUCUUCCUCUCUUCCGGAUAUCUCGUCCCUUUCUUCUAGACUUAGACGACUGGAUGAUCUCUUAAAUGCACUAAGAGAGCUUCAUCAGCUAUUCCAAACAGCUACCGACAGAGAAAUCAGCACUCGUGGAGCCGAGAUCAUUUCCCUUGUCGAGGUCGCUCAGAGCACUCUUACGAAAGCUAGAAUACAUCUAUGGAGAUACUCGCCUUGCCCGGUUCAUUUUCAUCCCCAUAAGCGUUUGUAUUUCCUUGUUUUAAAGGAUCUAAAAAUUCGGGGGUCUUGCUUCGACGUCUCUCUUCGAAGGCGGUGGGGUGUCCUUGUAUUCCACUUAUCGGAGGAUUUCAAGUGGGGAGGGUCAUACCGGACCUUUUACGCAUCCUCCUUCGGCGCCCCGCGCAAGCCCAGUAGUGGCAGGGUCAACACUGCCUUUGACGCUACGGCCAAGCAAGACACUCCCUCGACGGAGUCGAUGCCGCCCCCGAGUGCCUUCCCGACAUCAGAAGGAAUAUCAUCAUUGUCCCUGCUAGCUCCACGACGGAAGGCUAAACCCUUGGACAUCAUCGAGUUUUUCCCCGACGUCGCUCUUUCUCUACAGGCUCGACGACCGAUGAAACAGCGGUUUGGAAUUUUCUGUACGCCGAAAACGUCGAUGUUUCGGCCGCCGCCGAUUGCUCAUCGGGGUAAAGCGUUCGUUAGGGGGGCGUCGAGACAUAGCUUGAUCUCGGACUGA